AUGUCUCAAGACGCAGAACCUUUUGAAGAUAAUGCCGACGAACACGUGCUGUUUGCAUUAGACACAGGAAAUAUGGACAUCUCUCUAGGAGAAAUCGAAGUGGCUGCGGAACUGGAUGAAGAGUUGAUACAACUAUGCAAAGCAUUGAAGAACGAUGAAUGGCCUCGCGAACUAAGGCGAUACGAAGCACAGAAGAAGCAUCUACACUAUCUAGGCACCUUGGUAUGCAAAGAUGACAAAAUUGUCUUACCCAACUCACUUCGAUCAAAGGCUAUGGAAUCUGCUCAUGGAGGACACGUGGGAGAGGUUGCCAUGAAAAGGAUAAUGCGCGAGUUCUUUUGGUGGCCUAGAAUGGCUGCAGAAACAGAACGGUUUGUGAAAGAUUGUCAAACCUGUUGCAUGUUGUCCAAGAAAAAUCGUCCAUUACCCAUUUCAUCACGUAAUCUUCCUGAAGGACCUUGGGAAAUAAUACAAACGGAUUUCCUCUCUAUUCCGGGAUAUGGAACAGGGGAUUUCCUAACGGUGGUCGAUACUUACUCUCGUUACCUCUCCGUAGUCGAAAUGAGGGGCAAAACAGCAGAAGCUACAAACGCUGCACUGUGCGAUAUUUUUAAGCUUUGGGGUUGUCCUUACAUCCUGCAGAGCGACAACGGACCACCUUUUAAUAGCUCUACGUAUUGUUCGUUCUGGGAAAAUAAGGGCGUUCAUAUCCGGAAAUCGAUACCACUGUGUCCCCAAACAAAUGGGCUUGUGGAACGCCAAAAUCAGUCCAUCAUAAAGGCUGUAUCAGCAUCGACACUUGAUGGUACCAAUUGGCGUAUGAGCUUGGAUAAAUUCGUGCACAAUCACAACACGCUAAUUCCACAUGCGAGACUGAUGGUUACACCAUUCGAGUUAAUGGUCGGGUACAAAUAUCGUGGCACUUUUCCAACUCUCUGGACCGAGUCUCGUUCGAAGGGAUUAGACAGGGACAAUAUUAAGGAAUUGGAUGCUGAAGCAAAGCUUUACAGCAAACAUUACGCAGAUCAGUCACGAGGUGCGAAAGAAAGUUAUAUCAAGGUUGGCGAUGUCGUACUGAUGAGCCAGCAAAGAAAACACAAAAGUGAUCCAACAUUUUCUUCCGAACGCUUCACUGUAAUCACUAGAACUGGUGCAAAAGUUGUAAUCAUGAGUAGCAAUGGCGUGCAGUAUGCAAGAAAUGUACAAGAUGUGAAACUGGCCCCACCGGCAAAGGAGCUUAAUUUUUCGGAAGAUUCAGGGGAAGACAGCGUUCAUCAACACGCAGAUCGCAGCGGACUGGCAAUAAUUCUGGAUGAGGACUCGGAGAAACAAUUGACAGAUGAUUAUCUGGAGCAGCACCAGGUACAGUCUUCAAAAAAUACACUGCAACCCAACCAACAUAUUCCAAACAAAACCACACUUCGUCACCAUUCUAAUGUGAGAAGACCAGCACGAUUCAACGAUUAUUUUAUUUACCAUAUCUAUCAAUGA